AGGAGGAAAACAGCAAGUCUGAGGCAGUGUUACUGGUUUACCUCUCAGACUCCAGAAGAUGAAGAAAGAGGAGGAAGAGGAGGAAGAGGAGGACGGAGCAGAGUCUCAAAUAUCCAGCUGUCUGUCUAUGAAGAGUGACCGGUCUAAAGGUGGUAAUCCACAUUUCAGUAAUGAACCUGGACCCUCUGACAAAAAAGAGCAGAGUCUACAAAGAGCAGAGUCUGUAAUAUCCAGCUGUCCGUCUAUGAAGAGUGACCGGUCUAAAGGUGGUAAUCCACAUUUCAGUAAUGAACCUGGACCCUCAGACACAAAGACGAGGAGGGUUGUUCCUGUGGAGGAGCAGCUGUCCUGCUGUUCUUUGUGUCAGGACAUCCUGAAGGAUCCAGUCUCUACCAGCUGUGGACACUGGUUCUGCAGACAGUGCGUCACCUCAUACUGGGACCAGUCUGCUUCAUCAGGAGACUCUUCCUGUCCCCAGUGUGCAGAAAGAUCCAGAACCAGACCUGGACUGCAGACAGACAGUCAGACCAGCACUGUACAAACAGAAAGUGGUCUGCAGGAGGUUUUAGAUGAACACCACAUCAGUCUGAGCAGCAGAUGUGAAUGUGUGACUCUAGGAACUGAUGAAGCAGGAAGUGAAAUCCUUCUCAACAGUAUCUUCACUGAGGUCUACAUCACAGAGGGACAGAGUGAAGAGGUUAAGACCCAACAUGAGGUGAGGCAACUUGAAACUGCUUCCAAGAUGAAGACCCUCCAUGACACUCCAAUCAAGUGUCACGACAUCUUUAAAGCCUUACCUGACCAACAGUUAACUGAAGAUAUGAUCAGAGUUGUUCUGAUGAACGGCGUCGCUGGUGUUGGAAAAACCUUCUCAGUGCAGAAGUUCACUCUGGACUGGGCACAGCGCUCCGAAAACCAAGAUAUCAGUCUGCUGAUUCUGCUUUCGUUCAGGGAGCUGAACUUCAUCAAAGAUAAGAAGUACAGUCUGCUCAUGCUGAUCUGUGUUUUCUAUCCAACAUUACAGAAGCUCACAGCAGAGAAGCUCGCUGUCUGUAAAGUUUUGUUCAUCUUUGACGGCCUGGAUGAAAGCAGACUUUCACUGGAUUUCAACAAUAGUGAGGUCGUGUCUGAUGUCACACAGAAGUCAUCAGUCAGCGUUCUGUUGGCAAACCUCAUCAAGGGGAAGCUGCUUCCCUCGGCUCUCGUCUGGAUAACUUCCCGACCUGCAGCAGCCCAUCAGAUCCCUCCUUCAUGUGUCGACAGGCUAACAGAAGUACGAGGCUUCACUGAUGCCCAGAAGGAGGAGUACUUCAGGAGAAGAUUCAGUGAUGAAGAGCAGUCCAGCACAAUCAUCUCACACAUCAAGACAUCCAGGAGCCUCCACAUCAUGUGUCACAUCCCAGUCUUCUGCUGGAUCACUGCUACAGUUCUGGACCACAUGUUGACUACGGAUCAGAGAGGAGAGCUGCCCAAGACCCUGACUGACAUGUACUCACACUUCCUGCUGGUUCAGACAAAGAGGAAGAAGAACAAGUAUGAUGAGGGACAUGAGACGAGUCCACAGGAGCUGACGGAGGCUGACAGGAAACUUCUUCUGAAGCUGGGGAGGCUCGCGUUUGAACAACUGGAGAAAGGAAACAUCCUGUUCUACCAAGAAGACCUGGAGCAGUGUGGUCUUGAUGUCACAGAGGCCUCUGUGUUAUCAGGAGUUUGUACAGAGAUCUUCAAAAGAGAGAGUGUGUUCUUCCAGAAAACAGUCUACAGCUUUAUUCAUCUGAGCGUUCAGGAGUUUCUGGCUGCAGUCUACAUGUACCACUGUUACACCAACAAGAAGACAGAGGUACUGAAGGACUUCAUCAGAGAAUACUACCAAUACCCAUCUCUGGAUGACUUCCUGAAGAUAGCCAUGGAGAAAUCUCUCAGAAGUAAAAAUGGCCACCUGGACCUGUUUGUCCGCUUCCUUCAUGGCCUCUCUCUGGAGUCUAACCAGAGUCUCUUAGAAGGCCUGCUGGGUCAGACAGACAACAGUCCAGAAACCAUCCAGAAAGUCAUCAACAAUCUGAAGGAGAAGAACACGUUCGAUAUCUGUCCUGACAGAAGCAUCAACAUCUUCCACUGUCUGAUGGAGAUGAACGACCGCUCAGUACAUGAAGAGAUCCAAGAGUUCCUGAAGUCAGAGAACAGAUCAAAGAAGGAACUCUCUGUGAUCCACUGCUCAGCUCUGGCCUACAUGUUGGAGAUGUCAGAGGAGGUUCUGGAUGAGUUGGACCUGAUGGAGUACAACACAUCAAAAAGGGGCCGACGCAGACUGAUUCCUGCUGUAAGGAACUGCAGAAAGGCUCGACUUGCUGGCUGUGAACUCUCAGAUGCUCACUGUGAAGUUGUGGCCUCAGCUCUGAAGUCCAAACCCUCCCAUCUCACAAACCUGGACCUGAGUGGAAACGACCUGAAGGAUUCAGGAGUGAAGCGUCUGUCUGCUGGACUGGAGAGUCCAAACUGUAGACUGGAGACUCUGAGAUUGAUUGGCUGCAGUUUGUCAGAGAUCAGCUGUGCUUCUGUGGUCUCAGCUCUGAAGUCCAACCCCUCCCAUCUCAGAGAUCUGGAUCUGAGAUGGAACAAUCUGCAGGAUUCAGGAUUAAAGCAGCUGUGUUAUUUUCUGGAGAGUCCACACUGUAGACUGCAGUAUCUGAGACUGAAGUGGUGCAGUUUGUCAGAGAUCAGCUGUGCUUCUCUGGCCUCAGCUCUGAAGUCCAACCCCUCCCAUCUCAGAGAGCUGGAUCUGAGUAACAACAAGCUGAAGACGUCAGGAGUGAAGGAUCUGUCUGCUGGACUGGAGAGUCCAAACUGUAGACUGGAGACUCUGAGAUUGGAAAGCUGCAGUUUGUCAAAGACCAGCUGUGCUUCUCUGGUCUCAGCUUUGAAGUCCAACCCCUCCCAUCUCAGAGAGCUGGAUCUGAGUAACAACAAACUGCGGGAUUCAGGAUUAAAGCAGCUGUCUGCUGGAAUGGAGAGUCCAAACUGUAGACUGGAGACUCUGAGAUUGGAGAGCUGCAUUUUGUCAGAGAUCAGCUGUGCUUCUCUGGCCUCAGCUCUGAAGUCCAACCCCUCCCAUCUCAGAGAGCUGGAUCUGGGCUGGAACAAGCUGCAGGAUUCAGGAGUGAAGAAUCUGUCUGCUGGACUGGAGAGUCCAGACUGUAGACUGGAGACUCUGAGAUUGUAUAACUGCAGUCUGUCAGAGAUAAGCUGUGAUUCUCUGGCCUCAGCUCUGAAGGCCAACCCCUCCCAUCUGAGAGAGCUGGAUCUGGGCUGGAACAAGCUGAAGGAUUCAGAUGUGAAGCAGCUGUAUGAUCUUAAGAAGAGUCCAGACUGCAGACUGGAGACU